AUGUAAUUUAGAAAAAUUUUUUAAUUCUCAACUCUUUCAAAGCAAUUAAUCUAAGACACUGAGAGAUAUUAUUAUCUCAAUCAAUAAUCAACACGUAAUCAAAUGUUUUUUGAAUAAUUUCAAUAACACAAGUAAAAUUAUUUUAAUACAUUACUUACUUGUGAUCUUAAAUAAAUUAGUAAUUGGAGAAUGCUCAUUUUAAAUCUUUUCAGAAUUGAAACAGAACCUAAUGAUCUUAUGAAAUAAAUAAUUAUUAGAUAUUCAGAAUUAUAUGGUAUUGAGGACUUGUUUAAAAUUAAUAAUAACAAAUUAACAUAAUUAUUAAUUAAUCAUCACAAUAUUUAUGAUGUUCCUAUUAAUUUAUUAAAAUGUGAUGGAAUUGCUUAAAUAAUUGAACAAUAUGAACUUACACUUACUGUAUAUCGAGAUAUUUAAUUAAGUAAACUUUUUAAACAUUUAAUACUCUGUUAAAAACUCAAUUUAUAAGUCAUUCCUAUUCACACAUUUAAUUUAGUUCAUUAUAAUAUUGAAAAAUCUAAUGAACUAGAAUUCUUAAAUGAAUUAGUCUUAUAUCAAAGAUCUAAAAGAUCUUAAACUAAUAAAUUACCUAAUGAAACUUGGAGUUUAGUCUUCAAUCGUAUACUAUAAUAUAAACUUAAUGAGUCAAAUCUAUAGUAUACUUGUUAAUUACUUCAAUAAUUUGCACAUUAAAAAAUUAAUAUUAAAUUUGAUCUUAUGAAUUUGCUUAAACAUGUUAUUGAUGAAUUUAGAAUGCUUUCUAAAAGAGAAUCAACAUUAUUAGAAAUAAUUCGAACAAUUAAUAUUUUAAAAGCAAAUAAAUAUGAUAUUGCAGAAUUAAAGGAACUUCGUAAAAUAUGUUUAAAAGAAAAAUAAUUGUAAGGAGAUAAAGAAUAUGAUUUAUAUAUGAAUCUUGAGCAUUAAACUUAGAGUAUUGAAUUAAUUGAUAAUUAAAAUUUAAAUGCUUACUUAACUGAAAUUCUUUUAGGUGAUGUAUAGAAACUUAAUGAAGUUCAAAAAGUUGAUUUAAGAGAAAAGAUUUUAAAUAAAUUAUAAACAGAAACUGAUGAAAAUUCAUUAAAGAAAAUUAUAGUAGUUAGUAGAUAAUUGUGGCCAACUGAAAUUUCUAUUGUAUAAAAAUGUGCUAAAUAAAUUAAACAUUUACUUGCAAACAAUGAAUAAAGUAAAGAAAUGAUUUCUUUAGCAAUAAAUUCUUUGUAUGAAUUCAAAAGAAUAUAGUAUCCUUUUUUGGAUGAUUAACUAAUUAAUUAUUUAGCUAGUAUUGAUGAUUUAUAUAUAAAUCCACAAGAAAUUAGUGUACUUCUCUAUUAUAUUUGUUUAUCUUUACCAAAAUUUACAAAAAAAGAAUUAAAUCGUGUUACAAUAAGAGAAUAUCCUAUAAAUUAAAAUCUAAGUAAAAUCUUUAUUAAUUUAUUGCCUGUGAUUAAAAAAAUGUGUUCAAAAAAUGCUUUAAGAUUAAAAGUAAUAUAUACUCUUACAGAUUGUAUUUGUAAAUACAAAGAAUAGUUAGUAGAUAUAGAUUUGAAAUUUUUAUUUGAAAAAAUAGAAUUUAAUUUAGUAAAGGAAUUAGAAGUAAAGCAACAAUGUAGAGUAGCAAUAGAAUAAAAAGACUUAUUAUUUUUACAUGAAAGAUUUCGAUAUUUAAAGGUUGGAUCUAGAAAAUUAUUAAGAUUCUUUGAUGAUGCAAAAUCAAAUUAUUUUGGUGCUCUAUAAAAAUUAUUACAAAGAUAAAGAGUAUAUUUGAGAAUGAGACAAUCUAGAGGUAGAUCAAUUAGAGCAUAAAGAUCCUUUUGAU